UAACUACAAGUGGGGAGUCUAUUUGAGGCAUCUUGAAGAUCGCACAAGAGAGAAAUCAGUUCGCAUCGACGUAAGAGAAGCCUCACACUUACGAUUACUUUUUGAAAGAUACUAAAUUAUUUAUUAAAAUUUGAUUUGUUUACUAAAUUAACCUUUAAUUCUGUCGAUAACUAACACUUAAAGUUGUAAAACAUUAUUUAAAUAAUCAUUUCAAUCGAUAAGUUCGAUUUAUUUUAUCACCAUUAAUCGAUUUUUGUACGAUAAAUUGCAUUGUGGUAGUAAAUACUCCACAACCGGUAACAUUUUACAAAUUAUGGCAACUGAUGAUCCUAUUAAAGACGCCCCUCUUUCAUCAGUGGAAUUUGAGGUCUUUGGAAAGGUCCAAGGAUGCUACUUCACAAAAUACACACGUGACCUCUGCAGAUCACUAGGUAUUGUUGGUUGGGUGAAAAAUACCAAAAAAGGGACAAUUAUGGGCAAAAUGCAAGGACCUAAGCCAUAUGUUGAUCAAAUGGCACAUUGGUUAACAACUGUUGGAAGUCCUGGUUGUCAAAUCCAUCAUACAGAAUUUACAAAUCAAGAAAUAAUUCGCCGAACGUCGUACCCCGAUUUUUCAAUAAGGAUAUACUAGUAAAUAAAAUUCAGCAACAUGGACCGUUAUUUUUAAUUAAACUUCAAAAACAAAUAUAUACUGGCUAUGUUUAUAUGAUUAAUAAUUAAUAUUGACUAUGUUAAAUGUAACAUAAAUUUCAAAAAUUCGCUCAAACGAUUAUUUAUCCGACGAAUAGCCUUAAUACCAUAUCAUUGUAGAUGGAUGGAUAUUAAGAAAACUCGAGAUAUUUAAUAAUAAAAAUAAUAUUUUAUUUUAUUUUGUUUACUUCACCAAGUAAAGUAAUUCAUCAUAUAAUAAUAUUUAUUUACUUAUUUUAAAAAAAAACGAAUAAUGCUUUAAUUUAUUGUAUAUCGAAAUAUAUAUACUAUUUGUAACUAUUUAAUAAGUUAUUAAAGACAGUAUUUUAAUUAUA